AUGGCAGUCUGCACUGAACUUUGUGCGAACUCGCUUGCAAAAUACGCAGGUAGGUUUUGACUUAUCGGAACUCGCUCGCACUACAAAAAAACUUACGAGUGUGAGCGAUCUUCUAAAAGGGAGUGAGCUUACGUUCGAUUAUUAUGCAACGUAAUUGAAAGGGGGAGAGCGUCCCAUCGCUCUCCCUCACCGAUUUUUUAUCUCCCGCCCGGUUGUGGCUAUCAGGCAUAAGGUAGCCCCUUUGGUCGGAGUCAGCCCUCCAAUUUUUUGCUUUUUGUUUUUUCUCUCAUUGGCUGCAUAGCGGGAGGAGCCGGCCACAAGAAGAAAAUGACGCAUGAAGAUGAAGGAAAACCUUAAGCAACUAGUAGAGUUUAGUGUUCCUUCACCAAUUUCACUAACAUGCAUGUUCUUACUUAGUGAAAAACAUUCCUCUAGUUCGCAUCAGCAACUAGCUGCCGCGCAGCUCCACCUAGGGCCAAAAAUAUUUAAAUUGAUUAAGCGGACAGCGCUCCGCCGCCCAAUCGUAGCAUUCACAAAAAGCGCGUAAUGGGGAGACGGGCAACGCCCCGGGUGGCAGGUACUAGGUGUGUCAUUUUCCCUGCCUUUGCUCCUAGGCUUGACCAUUUUGGAAUCGUAGGGGCAGUAGCGUAGUUUGUUAAGGAGAUUAAGAACUCCCCCCUACGCCGGUAGCUACGCGGAAAAUAUGUAGGCAGGUUUUGACUUAUCGGAACUCACUUGCAAUAUACGCCGGUAGGUUGUGACUUAUCGGAACUCGCUCACGAUACAAAAAAAAAAAAAGCGAGAUUAAUUGUAUUGUAUUGUGCCCAUGAAUGGGCUUGCCCGUGAACAUCAAUGGGCUUACUACUACUACAACAACCAACCAAUACUACUUCUACGACUACGUACUAGUAUGACAGACCUUUCCUUUGUUCACUGUCGUCCUCGUCGAUCAUGGAGAUGUAGCAAUUAUAAUAGCGCAUUAUUGUUAUAAGGAUUUCGUCAAACCCCUUCAACUCUAAUGACAAGACAAACAGAAGGUCCGAGACGAAAUGGCCGACGUCCUCAGUUACCUGGUCCGACUAGCAGAUGUCUGCGAUGUGGAUCUUUUGUUAUGCAUUCCUAUUCUAUGUAUUAGAAAUCUUGAUCUUCUUCUUGUUGGUAUGCCCAUGACUGGGUGUGAAGGAUAAGGAAGAUCACCCACGAGAAGUCACUAAGAAUAAUUAACAACUCUCCUAAUACUAAUGGCUAACGCCGGCUGCUUUUUUCUUAACUCUUCUAAUGCUAGCUGCUUUCCACGAGAAAAUGCAAAAGAAUCGAGCAAAAUACCCCCCACAUCUCUGCAAGGGAAGGGCAGACAAAUACACUGCGUAUGCGGAGAAGAUAGGAAAUGACACAAAGGAGCAACAGAUUGGUGGAGUGAGAAGUGAGAAGUUUCUAUGAUUUUUGUGAGAGUUCUUGUUGUCUGACGAGCUGGUGAAGUUGAUCGAAAUCUAACGAGCUGGUGAAGUUGAUGAGCAUCUAUUAAUCCUUGUUAACCAUUGCUAUUGAUUACAAGAGUAAUGCAUAGUACCGAUUAUCAGGGUGGGCUAAAACAACGAGGACAAUGUAGGAACUCCUCUUAAACUGACUCAUCUAAUUCCUGCUGCCAGCAAAGAUGAGGCCGACAUCAAAGGCGACACUCCUCAUCAGCCUGUGUCGAAAAGAAGUCAGCCAAAUGGUCACUGA